ACGCAGAGAGCUGAGAGCGGCAGGCAAUCGAAGCAGAAGCAAGCGGCUGGGCGCCAAGCUGAGGUGCGCGGGCGGCAGCAGCCAGCAGGGAUGGCGAUUGUGGGCGCGGAGUACUGCGACCCCGAGGAACGCGUGCUGACGGUGCGCAAGACCUCGCACUUCUCCCCCGGCGACGGGUUCGCGGCCUACGACCACCGCACGGGCGGGCUCUCCUUCCGCGCCGACACCUACGGGCGGGGCCACGGCGGGGGCGCGGCGUCGGCGGGCGAGCUCGCGCUGCUGGGCCCGGCCGGGGAGCCUCUGCUCACCGUGCGGCGCCGCCGCCCGUCGCUGCACCAGCGAUGGGAGGGCUUCCUGGGCGCCCGCGCCGACGGCCAGAAGGCGAUCUUCUCGGCCCGGCGCCCGUCCAUCCUCGGCGGCGCCGCGGCCGGCGCCGUCAUCGAGCUCCUCCCGCCGGCGCCGGCCGCCGCCCCCGUGCUGCUCCGCGUGGACGGGUCCUUCCCGCGCCGGUGCUGCCGCGUGGUGCUGGCGCCCAGGGCCGAGGGGGAGAAGGCCAAGGUGGUGGCGGAGAUCGGGCGGAAGGUGGACGAGGGGGCAAGGGUCGUCAUGGGCCGCGACGUCUUCGUCCUGCGGGUGAGCCCCGGCUUCGACGCCGCGUUCGCCAUGGGGAUCGUGCUCGUGCUGGACCAGAUCGUGGGCGACGAGUCCGGCGGCGUCGACGCUGGGGCGGACGUCAUCGACGCCAAGCCCAAGGUUUGGUGACCCAUGCUAUGGGUUGCCCCCCGGCCGUAUCGCGCGCUUCUUGGUUUCGCUGUGUAUAGAGAGCCUGGCAUGCGAGAUUUUGUUUCCUUCCCCCCUUUUUUUAAACGUUCGCGUAUGAGCUUUGCUCCGGAGAACUGGCAAUGCAUAAAUACAUGCUCGAGGCUUUUGC